UUUUGACCUCUAUUUAACAGUUAAAAAAAAGGCCUGGCUCCUUUCGAUUCACUGGAAACACCCAAAAUCGCAGAAGAAGGAACGCCUCUGGAGCUCAGAUAGGGUUUAGGUUUCGAGAGAGAAUUCAUGGCGACAGCUGACGCAGGUGAACCGGAGUAUGAGAGUGAUCUAGAGGAGAUGAACCGCUCCUUGGCGACGAGGAGGAGAGAAGCCAGUGAUGACGAUAGUGAUGCUGCUGAUGAUAGAGAUGUUCAUAACCAGAGGGCUGAGAUUGAUUCCGACCUAUCUGAUGAACAUAUUGCUUCUGUCAAGUAUGAUAAUGAAGAAGAUGGGGAGGAUAGUUAUGAGGACGAGGAAGGUGGUGCGCUUGAUAAUGACAAGAUGAGUAGUGUGGUAAAGGACGCAGGUGAUUUGGAUGGGGAGGAAGCAAAGGAGAAGCAACAGGCUGCAGUGCCCACUGGUGGAGCGUUUUAUAUGCACGAUGACAGAUUUCAGGAAAUGGCUGCUGGUGGAAACAGGCGGAUGCGUGGUGGAAGGAGACCGUGGGGAUCUGGAGAGGAAGGAAAAUGGGGACAUGACAAAUUUGAAGAGAUGAAUACUCGGGAUAAACAUUAUGAUCAGAGGACUCCUAGAGGCCGAUUCAGAGGUCGAGGUCGGGGUCGGGGUAGGGGACAAGAGCGUGGUAAUGCUCGAGGGAGCAGUUCUAAUGCAUUAACUGGUAAUGGGCAGCAAAUCUAUCUUCCUAAAGCUGUCACACGAGGGAGAGGUCCCAGAAAAUUUGAGACUCCCCUGACAAAGGGAAAUCAAGUACAUCCCGAGCAAAUCAAACAGUUGCGAAAUUCUAAUGGGUCACAAAACUCUCAUGAGAAAAUGUCACACCUUGAUUCAAGACGUUCGCCAACUGCCCCUGCUAACACCGGGAAUGAAGGUGUCCAUGCCAGAAAGAAUGUAGCUGCUUCAAGUUUAAGUUCCGCUUCUCCUCCAUUUUAUCCUUCAGUGCCCUCCAGUAACUUGGUACAUGGUAUACAAGUUGGUAUGGAAAAACUCCACAUGAAUGAAAGUGCCGCACCUUCUGGCAAGAAGUAUAGGAAUACAAAAGCUAUUGUUUCACCAGUUUGGACUGCCAAGACUUCGCACUCCACGGGUCAAGGUAGAGGUGCACCUGUUACUGGGAAUGUGUUUUACCAGCAAGCUCAUAGUCAAGGUGACAGAUUUUCAUCACCAAUGCAACUUAAUGGAGAUUCAAAAGGCACUGGCCAAAGCUGUAUUAAACCUUCCGGUCAGGGUUUUGAUCAGAAUUCUGCUGUCAUCAGAUCCUUGUCUUCCUCUCCCCAGAAAGCUAGCUCAUUAAGAAACCUAUUUCCUCUUGGUGAAACAGAAUCUGCGCCGGAAAUAGGUGCAUCAAUUACCAAGGGAAAAGGGACUCUCCGGCCUAGUGGAAACGGCUCAUUUAUGUAUAAUGGAUCUCAAAUGAUGGGGAGAGCAGAGAGUUUGCCAUCUGCUGACAAUUCUACUUUCCAUACUUUUCUGCCUGUGAUGCAAUUUGGUGGUCAGCAUGGUGGGGUUCCGGCUUUUGGAAUGGCUUAUCCAGGAUACGUCGAGUCUGAAGAUGGUGUUAGAAAUCCGGAGAUGACAUGGAUGCCAGUUUUGAGUGCUCCAGGAGCUUUAGGGGCUUCAUACAGUCCACCAUAUGUGGCUAGCCAAGCACACAAGCCAGGGCUACCUUCCGCAUUAGGAUCCUCCAGCAAAGAAAAUAGUACAAAUAACCUUAUUGACCUGGAGAAUUCCAUGGAGAGGCCUGAGGUCACAGAGAGUGGGGUUUCACAACAGCAAAGCAACAACCCAAGCAAGCAGACUCGUAGGUACUCGGAGAUGAGCUUUAGCAAGUGAUAACAUUUAUGAGAAUAUAAGAAGAGGGUUUAGGGACUCCUUGGCGCAGGGCCAUGUUGCUUCUCCAAAGUUUGUUACAGGGCACUUUAGGCAGCAACUGUUCCUAAAAAUCUUUGUUUUAUAAGGGAGGGAAAGAAUUGAGAAGAAACGUGGUGGCUCAUAUAAAGCUAAUGGGCAUCUAUGUAUUUAUGUGUGUUUCGUAUUUUCGGUUAUCUGCAUGUUUUGGAAAUUUGCCAUUUACGCUAUUUUUCCAGGAAAGUAGUUGUCCUAAGCCUUGGUCAACCUGUUUGGUGUGUCUUUUAUUCUUUCCAAGAAUCUAAUCUAAAGUACUCUUUUUUGAGCAUGUAAAUAAAUCUUGCGAAGGUAUUUGAAGUUUUCUUCUUAUGGAAUCA